GGACCGAAGAAGAAACUGACUGCAGUUUUGUGAACUACAUCUGUUUGAGGAAAAAAUAAGUCAUAACAUAAUGGCCAAGCGUAAGAGAAACCUGGACAUGAGGUGUGUGUUAUUCCCAGACGAUUUGAAGGACACUUUCAGAAAGGCGGGAAAAGCUUCUGCCAGAACAUCCACACCUGCCACCAAGAGCUGGGAGAGAUGCGGAGACAGUUUCCUGGACACGUCUGUCAUCCAGAAGCUGCAAACAUCAGAGAAGAAGAGCAGAAAUGCACAUAAUGCGGCACUGGCGUCUGUUUCUGGGAAAAGAGAUGCUGGCACAGAUGAACCGGUGAACAUUGCGUGGAGCUCCAGUGAAGAGGAAGAGGCAGACAAUGACAGUCAUCCUCCUCCUCGACUGACUGUCACACAGGCACCACAUCGGCCCAGGGCACACAAACAACAUCCUGUUGACUAUAACAGGAGUCUGCGGAUGUUCAGCACUGGCGUAGAGACAGAUGACCUGCCCUCUAUUGAUUCAGACAGCGAAUUAGAGGAGGACCAUUCAACUUCAAAAGAGCACAGUGACUUUCUAAAUCCUGUUCUGCCACCAGCUGAGAUUUCAGACUACUCAUCUUACGACGAUAGUGAUGAAGAUCCAGAAGAAAGCAGAGCAGACUCUUUCCCUCUCGACCCAGCCGAAACCAGCAAGCAGUCGGUCAGCGAGUGGGUUCGAUCCGCUCAGGCCAUUCUUCGGACACCUCAGAAACAAAUCACCAAGAGCGCCAAGACCCCAGAGGACUCGAGCAAAAAGAGGAGGAGAUUUGAAAGAGGAGGUCUUGCUGAAAGGCUCAACCGACUCCACAGCAGGCAAAGAUCAGCCAUCAGCUUCUGGAGACAUCAGUGCAACUCAACCACAUCAGCUGGUGACAGGCCAGGUGUCCUAACGCUGAGGAUUCUGGGAGUUCGAGAGGAAUGUGGCAUGCAGGCCACAGUGUGUGACAGGCUGCCGGAGGGGGAAAGGUGUGUGGCUCUUUUCAACAAAGCCACGGCCGCCGAGCUACAGCCUGUGCCUGGAGACAUUGUCCACAUCUACCCACCAUGGCAGAAUCUGGUUGUGGAAGGGGAACACUAUCCCAUAAUUCUCAACACCCACUUCAGUCAGAAAGUCUGCGUGGAGAAUAAGCAGGAUAGCGCAGACGGGCCGAGAGACGCAGUCGCCGUGGAGAAAUGCAGACCUCCGCCGUUAACCACGUGUCUGUGGCGGUCAGGGACAAGCCAAGUGUCAACAGAGACAUCCAUUCCCUGUAAACAGGUCGGCGAGUUGAACAGAAGUGAAAUUCGGAAGUCUCUACUGGACGCAGUGGAGGAUUGUGGGUCGUCAGGCUCUCAGAGCGGUCCUGUUGAGGUGGUCGUUCAGAGGGUCUACUGCAUCCCCAUCACCCAAUCCCUUCACAGAGCUUCUCUCCAGCACAGACCAGCAGAACCAGUGCCACCGCAGCACAUCGGCAGGUUGUGUGCUCUCGUUCAGGACAGUUACGGGAUAUUCGGUGAGCUUCUUCUGCAGGGUGUGUCCACAGAAACAGAGAUCCAGCUGAACUCUGAGCAACUGGAGGGUUGUGUGUGCCUCCUCCAGGCCCUGAGGGUCGUCCAGCGUCUCACACGUGACAAAUGUUCUUUGCUCUUCAGUAUGAUUGACAGUUUGUGGCCUCCUCCGGUUGAUCCAAAAUCUCAUGACGAUCUUCCACAGUCUCCCAGCGAUCGAGUCCCACCACCCAGUUUCUGCUAUAGGUUGAGCAUCCAGCAGGGUCACAUGGUUCCGUUAUCAAGACCGGCUGAAUCUCCACUGUACCGCCCACCUGUGCUUCAGACGCUGCGAGAGAUCCUUCAGGAUGAAUCUUUGAGAUUUCGUUGCAGCUUUCGUGCCACUGUGGUCCAUAAACAUUUAUUGAGCUCAAAUACAGGCGAAAUGCUGCUGUUUGUGACGGAUCCCAGUCUGCAAACGGAGUCAAACACAGAGGGAAACAGGAGAACCGUAGCCGUGUGUGUGAACCCGUCCUGCCUGAUCCGGAGCUCAGUAACACAGGCCCUGGACGCCCUGCAGCAACGGCCCGUUCUGAGGUUCAGAGAUGCAGUGAAGGAGCAUGGUCAGAUAUUCUGCUGGGAUCAGACAGUAAUCCAACUGGAACCAGAGGACCCGGCUUUCUCCAUACCACAGCCCAUAAUACUGGAUCACCUGGGUCCAGAAGCCCUCCCCUUCUCUCUCUGCUCUGUCACAGGUGUGAUUGUGGCAGUGGACGAGAGCACAGCGUUCUCCUGGCCCACCUGCAGCCGCUGUGAGAGUUGCCGAUUAGAGACUCGAGAAAAACAGAAAGGAUUCCUGUGUUUAGCAUGUGGAGCAGUGAUGGAUGAAGCGACCAUAAAGAUGCAGCUGGAGGUGUUUCUGAGCUGCUCCUCACUGAGCCACUGCACUGUCAAAGUCAAGUUGCAGCAGAAGACCAUUAAUUCUCUCCUGAACUCGACAAGGUGUCCUGAGGGUUACAGUGUGGAAAAUGUUCUUGGGUCGGAAAUCGGUCCUCUCAGCACCUUAGUCCACGUGGUGAACAGAAGUCACACAGUUUGGAUGGGUUUGGAGGAGUUAUCCUUUGACCUGCACUGACUAGCACACUCAUAUGUUGAUAUUGUGUCUUGCCUUACUUCCAAAUGAAUGUAAAUAAACAAAUGAAAAAAGAGCAUAGUGCCAGAAUAACUCCACCACCUGAACCAAAUUACUUUCUGAACGAUCAUUCUGGACCCUGUAGUUUUCAAACCACAAUCUAAUUAAUAUUCAAAUGAAAGAUGCUCAUGUGAUGCCCAGUAUAAGCUGAUAAAAUACCUUUGUUUUUGUCAAUCGAUUGCCAAAAGUUGCUUCUAGCCACAUUACGGUGAUUUAAGUGAAAUUAUUUGAACAAAAAAGAAAGUUUAAACAAGCUCUGAUCUGCCUUAUUGAUGUAUUGCUCUCUAUGACAGUACAUUCACUAUAAAUUAAAAGUGUUUUGCCUCCAAAUAACUGAAGUCAUUUUCAUUAAAGGUGAGGGGUUUUUCCCCACAACCAUUUCAAAAGAUAAUUUUUAUAUGUCUGAUAACUGAUUAUUUUGACUGAUAAUUUUAUUCCUACUUCUUGACUCACUGAUAAUCAUUACACUGCAACAAUACUCUGGUCAUUUGUAUAUCACAUAUGCUGUGUGGACAUUUGUAUUAUGGUUAAUGAUUAUUUACGUCAGCGAAUUGAUUCUAAAGUGGUCUCUAGGGCCUGUAAACUACUAUAAAACAGUUGACGACUAAUGACUUUGAAGUAAUAGAACAUUUAUAAAUAUUUGUAAGCAAUAAAUACAUUAAGUAUGCUUCACAUGUGAAUACUAUUGUUUUUGUUUUUAUGUAAAUUGCUGUUCAAUUCAUUAAGCACUUAAAUGGUAGUUGUAGCCCUUUUCUUACCAACUUAGAAGCAAAAAAAUUGCCUUUACGCCUGACAGCAUAGUAUAUGUUGUAGAACAAAACACGAAUGUGUCUCUAAUGUUUACCGCAAACAUUACGUUACCCAUGUAAACCCAUAGUCAAUCGUUGAACUGAUUGACAGCUGGACCUUUCACAGGACCACGCCCCCCUCAGACCCGCCCCCGUGCAAACAUGCGCG